ACACCACAUGGAAAUGCCCAUUCCCUGCCUGCUGAUCCCUCCUGCCAGCACCUCCAGCCCAACCUUCACCCAUCCCAGCGGGAGAGGACAGGGAGGUGACAUCCACGUGCCAGCUGCUGCCACCUCGCCCUGAGACACCCCCAGCACCGACAACAGGGCUCUGCUGGUCCUGCUGCAGGGCUUUCUCCCCACGGAGGUCUCUGGUUAUGUGGUGAAGACCCUCAGCCCAGAGGCACCUUUUUUCCUGGCUGGGAAAGGUUAUAACUGAGUAGCCCUUAUGACCAACAUGAGCUGGAGCUUCCUCACCCGCCUGCUAGAAGAGAUUCACAAUCACUCCACCUUCGUGGGGAAGGUCUGGCUCACCGUGCUCAUCGUGUUCCGCAUCGUCCUGACCGCAGUGGGGGGCGAGUCCAUCUACUCCGAUGAGCAGAGCAAGUUCACCUGCAACACGAAGCAGCCGGGCUGCGACAACGUCUGCUACGACGCCUUCGCGCCGCUGUCGCACGUCAGGUUCUGGGUCUUCCAGAUCAUCGUGAUCUCCACCCCUUCCGUCAUGUACCUGGGCUACGCCAUCCACAGGAUCGCCCGCUCGGCCGAGGAGGAGAAGAAGUUCAAGGGGUUCAAGAAGAAGAAGCAGUUUGCCCUGAACUGGCAGGCCGUGCGCAACAUGGAGGACGCGAUGGAGGCCGACGAGGAGGAGCCCAUGAUCUCCGACGACGCGGCGGAGCACGAGAAGGCCAAAGCCAAGCCCAAGAGCAAGGAGCCGCAGAAGCACGACGGGAGGAGGCGCAUCCAGCAGGAGGGACUGAUGAAGAUCUACGUCUUCCAGCUGCUCACCAGGGCUUCCUUUGAGGUUUGCUUUUUGAUAGGGCAGUAUUUGCUCUACGGCUUUGAGGUGGAGGCGUAUUACGUCUGCAACAGGGUGCCCUGCCCUCACACCGUGGACUGCUUCGUGUCCCGGCCGACGGAGAAGACCAUCUUCCUCCUGGUGAUGUACGUGGUGAGCUGCCUGUGCCUGCUGCUGAACAUGUGUGAGAUGUUCCACCUGGGCUUCGGGACCAUCCGCGACGCCAUCCGCAACCGGAAAAUCAACAGCUUCAGGCAGCCGCCCUACAACUACGCCUACCCAAAGAACAUCUCCUGCCCCCCCGAGUACAACCUGGUGGUGAAGUCGGAGAAGUCCACCAAGAUCCCCAACAGCCUGAUGGCCCACGAGCAGAACUUGGCCAACGUGGCCCAGGAGCAGCAGUGCACCAGCCCGGACGAGAACCUCCCGGCUGAUUUGUCCACCCUUCACAAGCACCUGCGGGUGGCCCAGGAGCAGCUGGACAUUGCGUUCCAGAGCUACAGCAGCACCCAGGCCAACACCCAGCCCUCCAGGACCAGCAGUCCUGCCUCAGGGGGCACAGUGGUGGAGCAGAAUAGGGCCAACACCGCCCAGGAGAAACAAGGUGCUAAACCCAAGGCCUCCUUGGAGAAGGGGAGCUCCAGCAGUAAGGACGGGAAGACGUCUGUGUGGAUAUAACUUUGUGGAAGAGGUGAGGGGGCAGCAUAAGUGGGGGGGUUAUUUUGGUUUGUCUCUGGUUUUUGGCGUUACCUUGCGUUCGUUUCGCUGGGCACAGGCACAGUUUUUGUGUGGAAGUCGAGAGAGAGAGAAAAGGAGUUUCAGACCAGUCUAGUGCUGUCUUCCAAGGCGUUAACAAAAGACAUUUCUUCCCUGUUUCCAACGUGUUCUCCAGCUGGGAACCUCCAGUGAGUAACAGGA